AUGAAGUUCUGGCCCGCUCUCCUCCUGGCUUCCGGGACUGCUGCCUCAGCCGUCCUCGAUCCGCCUCUGGUGGCUCCUGGCCGCAAAGCCGACCUGUUUGCCCAGCAUCACCGCUACGACCAUCGCGAGGACGGCACUGCCGGCUCUGGCUCUGGCUCUGGCUCUAGCUCUCCGCCGUCUCCGCGCCGCAUUCCCACCUCGGCCGAGUCGGCCGUGCUGGCGCGCCGCAUCCUUGCACUGACGCCGUUUGGCACCAUUGCGACCGUCUUUCCGCACGACUCGGGCUCUGCUCCGUCCAACCUCGACGGACUCCCCAUCGGCUUGCCCGAGUACCUGGCCGACUGCGAGGACGACUCCGGUAACCCGACGCUGCUGGCCAUCACCAUCGCCACGUCCUUCCGCAACGCCCGCGCCGGCUCCAACGUCAGCCUCGCGCUGCAAUGGGAGCCGCCCUACGCACCGGCCCAACGCCGCUCCGUCCUCGAUGGCCUGCAGACGGCUCUCGGCUGGGGUCCCUCGUCCGCGCCCGUGCCCUCGGUCGCUGCCCUUCCCCGCUUCUCGCUGCUUGGCUACCUCGAACCCAUCACGGGCCAGGACGAGCCCACGUCCGAUCUGGCGGCCUGUUUCGUCAAGACGCAUCCCGAUGCUCGCUGGUGGCUGCCCGGAAAUUCCAUCCACAAGUCCGAGUGGCUUCGCCUCGUGGUCACCAAUGUCUACUGGAUCGGCGGCUUCGGCGACCGUGCAUACAUUGGCUGGAUCCCCGUCGAUGAGUGGCACAACGUCUCGCGCGCCGACUGGGAAAAAGUCCGUCUGCCGGGUGAGAAGAAGGGCUGGAAGGAGUCGGAAGUCGGUUACCGUCUGUGA